AUGGCGCUGCGGACAGCUUGGACCGUCCGAGUGACCCCUGAUGUGACAGCAGAGGCCCUGGAAGCGCAAGCGGUGCGGGAGGCCCUUUGCCUGGAAGUGCAGGUGCUGCCCUUCUGGGAGCUAUGGAAAGCAGUGACAAAGAAAAGAUACAGUUUGGCUGUUGGUCCUCCGAAAAAGGUUCCAAAAGUCAAGGGUGUGGAGUCUGCAGCAGUGCAAGCAUUUCUCAGACGGAAAGAAGAAGAAAAAAGGAAAAAAGCGCUGGAAGAAAAAAAAAAGAAGGAAGAACUCCUGGCCAGGCGUAUUGAACUGAAACAUGACAGAAAGGCAAGAGCUAUGGCCUCGCGAACCAAGGAUAACUUUUAUGGCUAUAAUGUCAUUCCUGUUGAAGAGAAGCCUCGGAAGAGGAGGACUUCUGAGAAUGUUGCUCAGGUUGCAGAGGCUGAGUGCCCAACAGAGGAUGAAACUGAGCAGCCUGAGUAUAGUCAGACUGAAUCAGAGCAUGAGCAAGAGGAGUAUGAAGAGAAACCAGCCAAAGCUGCAGUGAAACCAAAGGCACCUCCCAAAAGUUCACCAGCACCUCUGAACUUCACGGAUCUUCUAAGGCUUGCUGAAAAAAAACAGUAUGAACCAGUAGAAAUAAAAGUAGUGAAAAAGAUAGAAGAGAGACCCAGGACAGCAGAGGAAUUGAGAGAGAGGGAAUACUUGGAGCGCAAAAACAAAAGACCAGAAAUGCAGAAAGACAAAAAGAAAAGUGAGAAAGAGAUUAAGAACCCAGGUGUAUCCAGUUCUUCAAAAAAAAUGACUUCUCAGAAAGAAUCUCUAAAUGCAAAACUUGGCAAAAGCUUUUUGGAUAAACAUUCCUCUCCAAAAGGCAGUCUGUCCUCUAUGAGCAGUGUUGAUAAGAAAUCCAAAGCACCAGCAUUGACUGAAAAACACUCACGGUUGUCAUCCUCUUCUAAAUCCAGUCAAAUGGAAAAAGUUAAGACCUCACAAAACGGCUCCUUAAAAAGCUCUACUGGUAGCGCUCAGAGCAAGUCCUCUGUCAAUGGUGUAGGAAAAUCUGGCUCGGGCACCCACAUGCCACCCUCGAAAGCAGCAGCCAACGGGGUUCAGCGGCCACCAACCACCAAAGAACCCAAACUGAAGAAACCCGCGCAGGCCAAACCGGGCGCUGCCGCCCUCCGGCACGACGCGAGCGCCGGUGCCAAGCGUGCGGGCAGCAGCCUGGGGAAGGGAGGGCCCGGGCACCCGGGCGGCGGCUCAGCCUCGGCACCGGUCUGGGCAGCAGCUCAAGCGUGGGACUUGGGCGAGCAGACAGCAGCCUGGGCAGCGGCCCAGGCAGGCCUGGCGUGGGCACAGCUGCAGGACUCGGCAAGCGGCCUGGGUGCAGGGCCAGGCAGGCCAGGCGUCAGCCCAAGCGCAGGGCCAGGGCGACCAGGCGGCGCCUUGGGCACACCUCUCAAACCCAAGUGUACUGUUGUAUCAGAAACUAUUUCUUCUAAAAAUCUAGUCCCACGGCCUAGCAAUGGGCACAUGAAUGGAAUGAGACCUUUUCAAGGGCACAGACCAGGCUUUCAAUCACAAGGUCUUGGAAGACCUUCUCUCCCCCCCAUUAGUUACAAAAGACAGAUAGAAGAUGAUGAUGAUGAUGAUGAAUAUGACUCUGAAAUGGAUGAUUUCAUUGAAGAUGAAGGAGAACCCCAAGAAGAAAUAUCAAAGCAUAUUCGGGAGAUAUUUGGAUAUGACCGGAAAAGAUACAAAGAUGAAAGCGAUUAUGCCUUACGUUAUAUGGAGAGCAGCUGGAGAGAGCAACAGAAGGAAGAAGCCAGGAGCUUGAGACUUGGUGUUCAGGAGGACUUAGAAGAAUUGAAACGGGAAGAAGAGGAAUUGAAACGCAAGAGACAGUCGAAGAAGCUGAGGACACGUUAACUGACUUAAAAUGGUGUUGAUUACGUUCAUUUUUCUGCCACCCUCUGCCUCCAUACAUCUACAUACAUACUCUAUUUCAGUUUCCAUUUGCUUGCUAGAGGGCAAAAGAAAUGUGUAAAGGGAUGAAAAUAAUGAAAAGCAAGGCUUUAGUUUAACCUAAAUAAGAUAUUUAUU